GGGCAGAGACGGAGGGGGGUCGGUUGGGCGGGGGGGGGUUUCGCUGGUCAACGGCCGUGUGUGCGGGUGCGCCGUGGUGCCUUGCGGCAGCCUCGCCGGCGGGAGCGGGCCUGCCCCGGCUUCCUGCCUGCACAGCCUGCUGUCGUCGUGCCGCACGCCGUCCUCUCCAGCCCCGUCCCUUCCUGCAGCGCUUCCGCAGCCUCGCGGUGAGGAAGCGACCUCCAUUUCUGUCCUGUUGCGCCUUGUCCGUUUUGGGCGAUGCGCCGGAAUCACCUUGAAUUCAAAUUCUGCCCUAUCUUGGCCUCUCUGCGCCUCCGGGAAAUGUUGCAGGAGUGAUGUGGGAACCACCUGUUCUGUGUGAAAGAGAAGGGAUGAACCAUCUGAUAAAGAGAAGAAACAAAACGCCUGGUAAAUGGAAGCCAUGAAGAUAUCAAAGCGGUUCUUUGCUUUUGGGAUUUUGGCAUGCAUAGCUAUUUAUGUUGCAUACAUAAAAUGGCACUUGGACUCCAAACCGGUCUUAGGAGCAACAGAAGGAAUUGCUGAAAGCAGGAGAGACAGAUUGAACCAUCAGGCAGUGACAGCAGAUCUCUCAGUCUUUUAUGGGAUUAUGUUUGAUGCAGGAAGCACUGGAACUCGCAUACAUAUUUUUAAAUUUACGCAGCAGCCAAAAGAGACUCCCAAGUUAACCCAUGAGACAUUUAAAGCACUGAAGCCAGGUCUGUCUGCAUAUGCUGAUGAUGUUGAGAAGAGUGGCCAGGGAAUAAAAGAGCUCCUGGAAGUAGCAAAGAGUGAAGUUCCCAUGGAGUUGUGGAAGUCCACUCCUCUGGUCCUGAAAGCAACAGCUGGCUUACGGUUGCUUCCAGGAGAGAAGGCUCAGAAGUUGCUGGAUAAGGUGAAGGAGAUUUUUCAAGCUUCCCCCUUCUUUGUGAGGGACAACUGUGUGUCCAUAAUGAAUGGAACUGAUGAAGGUGUUUCAGCCUGGAUCACAAUAAAUUUUUUAACAGGCAGCUUAAAUGAUCCACAGAAGAGAAGUGUAGGAAUGCUAGAUUUAGGUGGUGGAUCAACACAGAUCACCUUCCUUCCACACGCUGAGGCAACUCUCCAGGCAUCACCAGCUGGCCAUACAACUUCAUUUCAGAUGUUCAACAACACCUAUAAGCUGUAUUCAUACAGUUACCUGGGACUUGGGCUGAUGUCAGCAAGGCUCGCAAUUUUGGGAGGAGUUGAGGGAAAACCUUUAGGGGAAGGUCAGGAGCUGAUCAGCCCUUGUUUAUCACCUGGUUUCAAAUCUGAAUGGGAACAUGCUGAGAUAGUGUACAAAAUUAAAGGACAGAAGGCAGGUGAACCUCUGUAUGAGUCUUGUUCUAGCAAAGUGGCAAAGAUGCUCUACAAAAAAGUGCAUAAAACCGAGGAAGUGAAGAAUUUGGAUUUUUAUGCUUUCUCCUAUUACUAUGACUGUGCAGCAGAGGUUGGUCUCAUAGAUAAAAAAAAGGGAGGAAGCCUAACUGUCAGUGACUUUGAAAUUGCAGCUAAAUAUGCACCCAUCUUCUGGAGGUCACCUGUCUGCACAGCAUCUCAACCAACAUUUCUGGUAUGUAAGACCAUGGAAAUCAGCCCAGGAAGCAGCCCUUUUCUCUGCAUGGACCUCACAUACAUCACCUGGCUUCUGCAAGAACUAGGCUUUGUGAAGAGCCAAGUCUUCAAGCUUGCCCGGAAAAUUGACAACGUUGAAACGAGCUGGGCUCUGGGAGCCACUUUUCAUUACAUCAACUCACUCAACAGACUGCAGUAUUAAAGCUCCUUGAAGGUGACUUAUGAGAAUCUCAGCUUUUGGAAGCCCAACACAGGAGGAUCUGGUAAAGGGCCUGCUUUUGGCUUCCUGAGUUCUUUGGGAGGUUAUCAUAAGCUAGGACCCUUUCUUUCCCUCCCCCCCACCAAGUCCCCUUCUUCACUAGCUCUCUUUUACAGUGCAGAGUGCAGUAUCUAAAGAAUAAGCAUUGAUUGUAUGGCAUCUGCAGUCAACUUGAUGUAAACCCAGAUCAUCUUUGAAGGAAAGCUAGGACUCUCUGCAAGACAUCUAUGAUCUCUAUGAGAAAAAAUGCAUCUAUGUGGAAUAUACCUGUAAUAUUUGCCUGUGAUGUGCUGAAGCUGGUGUAGGAAAUGGUCACUCCAGAGAGAACACUUCACUGUCCUGAUUUCCUUUUGGGGUGUUUCUUUUCUUUUUGUCAGCAGUUUUCAGUGAUGAUUAUUUUUAUUUUACUACUUACAUUGUUUGAAAAUGAACUUAGGUGUGCAUGUGAAGACAGUGCAUUGAUGCAGAUGUGUGGCUGAAACUGUGUGGAAGUCUCAGCUCUGCUUUUCACUUGCCGAACUAGCAGCACUCAGGAGCACCCUGGAAACUGUGGGUAUGCAUUUACAGGCGUGAAUCAGAACCGAUCGGCCAUGGAGCAUAAAAGCAUGCGAGGCUCUGGCUAUUGGGAUAAGGAUGGUGGAUAUGGAUGGUGGAAGACAACAUCAGAUUUGCUGAAUCUCAAAGAGACAAAAGACCUGGGAGUUUGGUAUGGGGCUAAGCAUGGGUUUGGCAAUGCUGGCUCGGUGUAAGAUCCACGAACACGAUGCAGCCACCAAAAUAAACCCUAAGGGCAGCUUAUUGGACCUCACAGACAUUUGUGCCUUGGCAAGGUGUAUGCAGGGCCUGGGACGAAUGCGUUGACAGGGCAUUGUGAGUGCUACCUCCUGCAGAAGCACCUCAUAUGGAUACAUGAAUGUAUUUGUUGCUGCGUGGAGCUGUGGCAGGGCACCUGCAAGGCACCACGCGGACCUCCAGUGUGCCGGCUGGGAGCAAUCUUGGACAUGCUAGGCUAGUCAUAAUCAACCUGUGCAAUUGUGUGGUAUUUAUGUGGGUAUUUAGAGUAGAUCUGAGCAGUGUUUUGGGGGUGUAAGGGAGCCAUGCAUUUGGGGGGAGUAAGCACCUUGAUGUGCGAGCACCGCACUGGGGCCACACAGACCCAGCUGUGCCCUUCGCUGGGGGCAGCAGGAGGCAGCUUGUGGCCGCGAGCGUGCAAGGGCUGCCCAAACCCCUGACGGUAAAACCCAAAUUGUUUCACUGACAAUAAAACUCUGAUGAAAAAUGA